UUUUUCGCUGUACCGCCAAACUCUGCCUCGCAGCUUUGUCAAAACCACCAAAGUCCGCUCUGCGCCGCGACCGAGACUAGGAGGACGGCAUCUUUGUCCCGACUUUGGCGGAUAGCUUCUCUGUCCCACAGGUUUCGGGCCGGCGGCGAUCCCCGGAGCUCGGAGCGGCUCCAGCCCAGGUGCUGCCGCAGCGUCCGGACAGCGGGGACAGCGCGGGACUGAGCUGGCAGCGCCUUCCUGAGCCUCGGUGUCGCGCAGGGCCGGGACCAGUCGGGACCUGUCAUCAUGUCCCUUCCAAUGGGCCAUCCCCGUGGGUGUGCAGCUGUUCCCGAGGCCGAUCUCUGAAAGGAUUCUCAAGCAUUCCUGAUGUGUCCAGAGCAAGGGGCUGAUUGUUCCGAGCAGAGAGAUAUCGGCUGUGAGCUGGAGCAGAGUGAAUUCUGCCCCAUCCCUGGGCCUGUGAAGGAGCUCCUGCAUCUCCUGAAGGGACCAGCAGCCGGGCUGACACACUUGCCAGCGGCACAAGAAAGCACUUGUCAUAAGCAGAGGGGCACCACUUGUGAGCGUGCAGUGAGUGAAGAUGUGGACAAUGGAAUCUGCAGCAGUGAAGGCAGUGUGAGGGAGCCCCUGGAUCCCCAGGGCACAUCAGCACCCGGCCAUGGACACAGAAGCAUCCUCAGAAGAUUGCCGGCCAAGGGGUUCAGCUGCCAUCCCGUGCACAUCUUGGUGCUGAUCCUGCUCCUGUCGCUGCUGCUGGCGUUGGCGGUGGCCUUGGCUGUGCAGUCAGCACCACAGGUUCCAGUUCCACCUGCGACUCCGCUCUUGUCUCUGGGCUGUCCCCAUGGCUGGGUUGGAUACAAUGGAUUCUGCUACUACUUCUCCAGGGAUCAGGGCACCUGGGAUCAGGGUCAGGAGCGGUGCUCCGAGCUCGGGGCCUCCCUGGCCAUUCUGAAGGAUGAGGAAAUGGAUUUGUUCUUCCGCCUCCGCGGGAACGUCGAUUACUGGCUCGGGCUGCGCAGAUGGGGCGAGCACCUGCAGUGGGGGGACGGCAGCAGCUUCAGCUCCUCGGUUCCUGUCCUUGGCAAUGCCGAGUGUGUGUGCCUGGCUGACGAUAAAUUCAGGAGUGAGAGCUGCUGGAAUCAGCAUCGGUAUCUGUGCAGCAAGGCCCGAGCUCCCCUGUAACAGGGGCUGGAGAAAGGAGCUUCUCCACGCUGGGCAGUCCCAGCUUCACCUGUGAGCCCGGCACAGGGCUGUCCUUUCUCAGCUGCACCCUGUGCCUUGCACUUGCUCUCAGGGUCACCUCAGUGCCUGUUCAUCCCCAGUGCCAGCGCUGGGCUGGCUGUUCAAAGGAAAAGUCUCUGCAAUCCAUGCUGCCAGCCACGCUAGCUGGAGUGAGGGGAUUGCCCUCAUUGCACAGCAAGCUGGAAUGGGAAAUCCAAAUGGCCCUGGGCUGUUGGAAAUCAUCCCCAAGUGACUGAAAGUGAGACUUUGGAUCUGUCCUUGGGAGAGGAACAGGUGACAUGUGCUGAGGACGAGUCCCACUUUUGAUAUCAGGCACCCGACUGUGGAGAAUGGUUUGUCUGUCUGUCUGUCGCAAAGGAUCUGGCUCUCCUUCUGAGGCAGGAGUCCCAGGCUGGAGCAGUACAAUAAUUUUUCUCCCUGAGGGAGAGGUAGUGAUGUGAUGUGACUGUAACCCUCAUAACUCUGUGCCACUGUGUGGGGAGGAAGGAGGGAGGGAAUUGGGAAUAAGUUGAAGCCGUGGAAGGGGAGAACAGUGUGGGGAAUGUGCAUUAUUAGGACUUUGCUU